CCCCCAGCACCCACCAUGUUCUCGGAGCGGGCGGCCCCCACGGCGCAGGGGCUGCUGAGCCCCCCCUCGGCCGAGCCCCCCAAGUUCGCGCGGGUGCCGCUGUCGGGGUACACGGAUCAGUCACAGCCCUUCCGCCUGGGCGAGCGCAGCUUCGGGCACCAGUACGCUCACAUCUACGCCGUGCGCCUGGCCCGCAUGCGGCCCAUCCUGCAGGAGCGCGCGCGGAGCAAGUGGGGGGAUGACAUUGCACUGAGGAAGCUCUGUGAGCUGCAGGCAGGAGAGAAGUGCUGCGUGGUGGGGACGCUCUUCAAGGCCAUGCAGCUGCAGCCCUCCAUCCUGCAGGAGAUCAGCGAGGAGUACAACCUGGUGCCACAGCCACCCCUGCCCAAGUACAUCGACCCCUCCGACGAGCUGAUCCUGGAGGAUGAGCUGCAGCGGAUCAAGCUGGAAGGAGCUGUUGACGUGCAGAAGCUGGUGACAGGGACCAUCUUUGCUGUGUACGGCUACGAGCAGGACAACGGGAAGUUCCUGGUGGAGGAUCACUGCUUCGCCAGCCUGCCACCAGCGCUGCCCCGUAACGGGCCCAGCUCCGACCGGUUCGUGCUGCUGGCAUCGGGGCUGGGGCUGGGCAGUGGCAGUGGUGAGUCCCUGCUGAGCACCCAACUGCUGCUGGAUGUGGUCACGGGGCAGUUGGGUGCUGAGGGCCAGCAGAGCUGCGCUGCACACAUCUCCCGUGUCAUCCUGGCUGGGAACAUGCUGAGCCAGAACACCCAGAGCCGGGACACCCUCAACAAGGCCAGGUACUUGACCAAGAAGACGCAGGCAGCAAGUGUGGAAUCCAUGAAGAUGCUGGAUGAGAUCCUGCUGCAGCUUUGUAGCUCAGUGCCUGUGGACGUGAUGCCCGGUGAGUUUGACCCCACCAACUACAUGCUGCCGCAGCAGCCGCUGCACCACUGCAUGCUGCCCCUCGCCAGCGCCUACGCCACGCUGCGCCUGGUCACCAACCCCUACCAGGCCGAUGUGGACGGCGUCAGGUUUUUGGGGACAUCGGGUCAAAACGUCAGUGACAUCUUCAAGUACAGCAGCAUGGACGACUACCUGGAAAUCCUGGAAUGGACGCUGCUGGCAGGACACAUCAGCCCCACAGCGCCGGACACGCUGGGCUGCUACCCCUUCUACAACUUGGACCCGUUCAUCAUCACCGAGUGCCCACACGUCUACUUCUGUGGCAACGCUCCCCGCUUCCAGUCCAAGCUGCUCACAGGGGAGAAAGGGCAGCAGGUCCUGCUGGUGACAGUGCCCACCUUCAGCACCACGCAGACCGCCUGCCUCAUCAACCUGCGGGAUCUCAGCUGCCAGCCCAUCUCCUUCUCUGGCUUUGGGGCUGAGGACGAUGAUGGGGACAUGGACGUCAAGCACUGACAGAGCAGGCAUGGACUCAAUAAACCCCUCAGAGCAUACCAGCGCCUACCA